AGUAUCCGAUGAACUGUGAUAAGCGGAGGAAGUCCACUGAUUACGGAACUGUAUUGAACUGCAGUGGAGUGGCAAAGGGAAGAGGUAACGAGCAACCAAGUUUUAACCAAGAAGCACAUACUAAAAUUUUGGAACUAAACGGCCAGUCGACAAUGGCCAAAUAACUUCAAAUGCAAGGAAAAUGAAUCCUAGAUCCGAGAGGGUGUUUCAGACCCAAAUACAAGAAAACAGAAUCAAGCAAGCAAGGCAAGAUGAGUCUGCUGAAGUGUCAGAGGUAUAAAUAUCUCCAAGAUACCCAGUGAUUUUAACCUGGACAUGUAUUCCACCUGUACCAACAAGAAUGACAAAAUUCGCCAGAAUGCCAUAAAGGUUAUGCAGUCUACUGGGACACUAGGGUUUCCUGAAAUCGCCAUGGAAACGAAGAUGCUGCUAUUUCUACUCUUGUCUUCAGCUAGAAUUCAGACGACUGCUUCAUCGUUCGCAAGUAUGGUUGGAGGCCGUCUUAAAAUCAGCCCAGAAGUCAGACUAACAGGUCAGACAAUAGGAGAGAUUUCAGACAACGCAAUGACUGGACACACCAUCUUUAUUUACAAUGUUCUUUUAAAUGAGAAGGACCUUGACCACCUGGUCGAGAUCGUGCAAAGGAAAACGGCGUCGUUAUCCAUCUACAACCAAAGAGAAUGGGACCGAUUCUUCUGGUCUCCCAUCGUAGAAAACGGACACAACUACAAGAAGAUCACCAACUUAGUAGUUUACGGGAUACAAGACUUCAUGUACAUGAGGCAAUUGCUUUGCAAGGCGAGGGUGUUUAUAGUUGCUAUUUGCUUCGAUUCUUUAGAUACUAUUCUUAUGAGCUCGAAGAUUAUAUGAAAUAGAGUUCUAAUACAAAUCUCCUUCCACUUUUUGUAAUGUCUUUAGAUGUUUAUUACUUGUUUAAUUUUUUCUAGUAACGAUAUUUUUUACCUCAUUUUACUUCUAUCUAACGAAUAUCUUAUUCAUUGGAAGCUUGAGUUUAAAGUUACUGACCCCAUAGUUGGCUUGAUCCAUAUGAAUAUGGUUCAUUUUCUGAAUAUAAUAAUAUUUAAGACUAUUUCAUUAGCUUAUUGUUUACACGUUACUUAAAAUUGAUAAUACAUGCAUUGUAGCAACAGUGUCUUACAAAUAUUUAAGGUAAAGCCUAUAGGAAGAGUGUAAC